AUGAAGUUGCUGCUGUGUCGGCACAGAAGCGGGGGAAGCACAGAGGAGGACUUCCGAGUGCAGGCGCGAGCUCUGGGGAUAAGUCGGGCAGGCAACGAGACGAAGGGGCGCAACCCCUGUUGGAGCAGAAGAUAUGCAAAGGAGGAUCUACUCCAAAUGGGGGGGAGUAUAGCCAUUGGUGAAGAAGGAGAAGGGAGUGCCUCCACUACACAGCCGAAUGAUUUGACUGCUCAGCUGAGUGACCCCCUCGUGGAGAGAACGACAGGGGAGGCAACACAAAAUGCCCUCCGUGAACCCCCCGUUGAAGGAGGCAAAAACUUUUUCGGCCACUUCCAUUGCGCAGACACAUUUGCGCGAGGCAGCAACAGGGUGGAGGGUCACAUGGAGGAGUCACGCAACCUCCCGUUUAGGAGCAUUCGUGCGCAUGCAGUUCCUCCCAUGUGUUACCACCGAAGAAAGAGAAAUAAAUCGAGUUGCUUCACAGAAGGGGAGCCACUAACAAGUAGCGCUUAUCUGCCAACUGGAGGUGGAAAAGGGCCUUCCAUCUCGACGAAGGACCGUCGCCAAGUAGGUAACCCCCCUGCUAGUCUGAUGAACAGGAAUAGAAGCAGACUAGGGCGUAGGAAAAAAGGGAGAAAAAAGUUGACAUGCAUGGACCGCGUACUUUUGCGCCAUUCGAAGUGUUCUGAGUGCCGCUUUAUGAAGGAGGUCAACGGAACGUAUAGAUGCGUUAGGAGAAGCGGAGCGAUGUGCAGCGUUGUUGCGUUUGCUCCCUUUGACGAGUGCACCAUUGGGAAGGAUAACCAGCAGGAGGACAAAGGAUCCCCCCGCAGGGAAGAUGAUGUUGCGAAGGAGAGGGGAAUUUUGGGGGGAGAGCACAACAAAAAGAGGGGAAUUCUGCAGGGAGAGGACAGCAAAAAGGGGGGGAGCCCAAAGAAGGUGGGGCUGCGGGUGCACUGGGAGGAUGGGAAAGAAUGGAAAGAAGCCUGCUUUUUUGAGGGUGGUUCGUCUGGCCCAGAUAGGGGACAUGCCUGUCAUGGGAGCUCCAACUCAGAUGGUGCUUCCGACUGCACACAGUUUCUCAUCGACGAUGGGGAGAAAAAGGCCAAGGAGGCCUCCACCCCAGGAGGGUCUUUCCCCCAAAGAAACAGUGCUCGAAGUGGAGAAGAAACGUUGGAAGAGUGUGGAACACGCUUUGGAAGAGGAGGAGGGCCCCCUUACCAAAGCCAUCUCGGAGGAGAGGCAACCUACAGCGAAGUCGGCGCAUACAUGGAUGUGUUGAGAGAUACUCUGGAUGACUCCACGAUGACUGACGACAUAACCGAUUUGCAACCAAUCCAUUUGGCAACGAAAGAAGGAAACAUGGACUUAGUGAAGAAAAUGAUAAAAUCAGGGAUUCACAUCGAUACUAAAACGAGGACAAGGAAGUUUACUCCGUUGCAUCUAUCCGCAUCGAAAGGAGACCUAGACGCUGUUAAAUUUCUAAUCGAGCAUAAUGCAGAUAUUAACGCUCUUUCAUGUGACAACGAGACCCCUUUGUGGUGUGCCUCUAUGUCAAACCAUCUCGACGUGUGCAGAUAUCUUCUCACACAUGGUGCUUUGCCUAACUUGACCAUAGGAAGGAAGACGUAUGACUCUCCUUUACAUGCCGCCUCCAUGAUGGGCAACCUUGAAAUCGUGAAGUUAUUGACCGAAUAUGGGGCAGAUGUUAGCUGCCUAGACUCAAACCAACUGGAGCCAGUGCAUUAUGCAUCCUUCGAAGGGCAUAAAGGGAUCGUGAAAUACCUCAUUUGGCAACAAAUCCGAAAGGCACUUCAUACAAAAAUGGACGAAAUAGUCAACGCUAUGCACAAAUAUGGGGUGUAUUCCAAAGCGUUAGAACAAUUUUACCUCCUAAAGUGUAAAUCGUUUUAUAAAAAAAGAAUCCCGAGUAAAAUACUGUGCUGCGCUAUCAUUUCAGGGAAGGAGAAAAUCGUGGAUAUCCUUCUGAGGAGAGGUGCUGACCCAAAUUAUUUCGACGUCCGAUUGCAACUGUUCCCCAUCCAUGCUGCUUCCAUCACCGGCAAUUUGACGAUAUUUAAAAAUCUAGUCAGAAGCGGUGCAAACCUCUACUUGAGAACGGGGUGUAACAAUUCAGUAAUCGAUUUGACUGAAGACGUGGAGAUUAAACGAUACAUUUUGCAGCACUCGAGAAAAAUGAAUUUGAGGAAUGCCUGGCUGAUUAGGCGACGGAAGAGCGACCAGGUUGUCUCUCGCCUUUCCCCCGACGCGUUUUACUACGUCUGCACGUUUUUCUGA